CUCUCUCUCUCUCUCUCUCUCUUCUCUUCACACUGAUCUAUCUCUCUCUCCUUGCUUUCUCUUCACACUGAUCUCUCUCUCUCCUUGCUCUUCUCUUCACAUGUAAGGAACGGAGGACUUCACAUCCAAAUAAGCAUGGCAGAGAAGAUCUCCGUGCUGAUCGUCAAAGUUGACCUUGAUUGCCACCAGUGCUACAAAAAAAUCCGCAAGAUUCUAUGCAAGCUCCAAGACCAGGAGACGAUCAGGACGAUCUCAUACGACGACGGGAGCAAGACGAUCGCCAUCGCCGGGCCGUUCGACCCGCACAGGCUCGCCUGCAAGAUCCGAUGCAAGGGCGGCAAGGUGGUCAAGGACAUCCAGAUCAUGGACGCUGGCGGUGGCAAGCCGCCCGCGAAGAUGGCAGAGCCGCCACCGGCGCCGCCAGUGAACAAUGGCAAACAGAAACAGAAGGGGAAGUCCGCUGCAGCCGAGCCACCUCCGCCGGCGCCUGAGACGCCGCCUGAGAUGAUGACACCUCCACCGGACUCUCAGCCGGCUCCCCCUGACAUGGAGAGAGCCGCGCCGGUGCCCGCCUUUAUCGAGGAGAAGAAGCCGAAAGCGAAGCCGGCCGAGCUCGACUUUGAGCCGCCGCCGCCGAAGGAGGUGCCGGUGGACUUGCCGGUGGCACUGCCGCCACCGGUGCUGAAGCAGAGGCCGCCGACACCACCACCGGCCGCGGAGCCGCCGGUACUGGAGAACGUGAUUCCAACGGUGGAGAUCCCGUCGUGGCCCGCGCCGCCGGUGGGGCCGUGCGGGUGCCAUUGCUGCGCGCCGUGCUACCAAGGGUACUACGAGGGGUGCAGGUGCUCAAGCUGCGGCAGGGUGUACGGCUACGCCAUCGCCGGCCCACCGCCAGCGCCGGCGGGGUGCGGGUACCAUGGCUGCCGUGUCUUCAGCGACGAGGACCCGACGGCGGCUUGCAGCAUCAUGUGACCGUGACGUGCCUUCUUCUCGGAGCCUAGCAGUAACUAGUUUUGCACAGUGGCUAAACUUUUUGUCGAUUGGAGUUUUCGGUGAUGUUGCAUGCAUUAUUACAUUGGAGUUCAGUGAUUUUGCAAAGAUUGAGAGAUGAAUGGAUCGGGCGUAAUUAAACGAUUAGGCAUGAAUC